ACUACGCAGCCGAGAAGCCGGCGGAGGGCCGAAGGGAGGAGCGAGCAAAGGCGGCGCGAGAGGGAGGAAGAGGCCGCGGCGUGGGCAAGAUGGAAGUGAAAGAUGGAAAUGCAGCUCUUCUGAGCAAUUAUGAGGUGUAUAAGUUGCUGACUGAUCUUAAGCAGCAGCGCCGAGAGACUGGGAGAAGCAAGCAGAGUGCUGGGCAGCAGAAUUUGAAUACUAUCAUGUAUGAAACACUGAAAUACAUAUCUAAGACACCAUGCAAAUUCCAGAAUCCUGAGGUUGUAAGAGACUUCCUUUUGGCACUGAAAAGCCACAAGUUAACGAAGGCAGAAAAACUGCAACUUCUCAACCUCAGGCCUGUGACUGCUGUUGAGAUCCAGUUGAUCGUGGAAGAAAGUGAGGAGAGGCUCACUGAAGAGCAGAUUGAAUCCCUGCUCCAGACGGUCACUAGAAAUCUUCCUGGAGACCCAGAGCAAGAAGAGCAGCAGGAGUCAACCAUGGCUGUGGAGGAAGAAGGAAAUCGGGUAUAGGAAGACUUGGACCAUGUGGGCAGCCUUGCCAAAAUUUUAUCACUGGGGAGUCAGCCAAACAUUCCAGUUGCAAAGAGGUUCCAGGGAGGAUGAAGACUCCCCCCUCCCUCAUUUGCUUACUAACACACAGUGAUAUCAUCCUGCAGUGUGUUUCAUGUUUGUUUAUCCUCCACAAGAGCAACAAUUACCAACAACAGAAUUCUUAACAAAUGUUAUGUUUGUGGGAUAAGAAAACUGGAUUUGUUUGAGAAGCAGAUGCUGUGGUUGGUUCCAUGUGCCUUUUAUGCGUGUACUCCUUUGAGUAAGAUUUACAUGCAGCUGGCCUUCUGACUACCAGUUGGUUUCUAGUGCUUCUGAAUGACCUGACCUGUUUUGCAAAAUACGUCUCACAAUUGACUGAAAAAUCUUGUUCUGCUUCUUUAUUUACUAGAGAGGUGUAUCCAGUUUUUUCUCUCUUGCAUUACCAGAGUGCAGGAUCACCCAACAAAGUAAACUGGCAGUAGGUUCAAGACUGGCGAAAGGGAGCAGCUCUUGAUGCAACACAUGACCUUACAGAAUUGAUAGCCACCACAAGAGCUCAGAUGGCUGUAAAAAGAAUUAGAAGGGCUGCAAUUCAGGAGGAAAGCACCUGCUUUGCAUACAGAAGGUUCCAGGUUCAAUUCCCAAUGGCAUCUCCAGACAGAGUUGGGAUGGACUCCUUGCUUCAAACCCUGGAGAGCAGCUGCCUGUCAGUGUAGACAACCCUGAACUAAAUGGAGUACUGUUGUUACUUGUAUGAGUAAGUGGGGUGACAAAAUAACUCAAUGGAACCUCCAUGCACAGAAGCACUAGUACUUCUGAAUGCUAGAGGCCAGGGACAAACAAGAGUGGAGAGUGUUGGAUUAGUGCCCUGCUUAUGAGCAUUUGGAAGCAUCCAUCCAGCCUUUGGCAGAAAUAGAGUUUUGGACCUCAUUCUGAUCUCACAAGGCAAAACUUUCCCUGCUUUAUGCCUUUCAACCAACAGCAAACAGUCUCUUCUGUCCUAAGGCCCUGUGAAUCCCAUUUUCCCUUCCCUUCCCUUAUCUUUUAUAUCCACACCUCAUUCUAUUAGGCCCUCUGACCCCAGUCAUCAUCCUUCUCCUUAGCCCAAUCUGUGUUCUUUUUCCUUCAGCUGCGUUGCCUCUGGGGCCCCUCAUCUCCUUAGUUUGUCAGUCUCCUGGACACUUUUCUCUCUCAGCUUUCUAGAUCUCACAUACUCCACCUGCUUAGAACUGGUUUGUACUUAGAAAGUACAAGGACCCGGCUUGCAUUGCAUCACUGUAUUUAGAACACCAAGGUUGGAGACAUCCGGCUUUUGCUACAGGGUGACUGCCCUUCCCUGUCCUUGCAGUUCUGGGCAUCUGUCAACAUCUUCCCACUUCCCUCCCAUUCAUGGGAACAUGGGGGCCCAUUUCUGAAAGUUUGCAUUUUGUGUUUGUAGAAGCUGUGUAAAAGAAUGAAUGCAUGAAAUGAUAAGCAGAAAUGUGAUUUAAAUUUGGGGUGUGUGCUCUGUUUAUCCAGGCAAUGAUGCAUAUUUUUGCACGGUCUUUAUCAGAGCUUGACAGUUAAUUAUUAGGGCCUGUUAGUGUGUGAGGGACCAAUCCCUGAAAGCAAAAACAAAUAGAAAUGUUCCUCAGCAGCUAAGAAUGCAUUCCCCUUCCCUCCCAGCACAUUCUUCUGUUUGCAGAUGUCGUGGUUUGUAAGCUUAGCUCGAAUAAAACCCAGCCUGCUGUGCAAAGCAA